UGGCUUAUGAUCCGAGGACUGGUGGCCCCACCGUGGAGCUCGAUCGUUGUACAGCGUCAUUGUGGAUUGCUUCGUUUAUCUCCUGAUGGAGUUUACUGUUAAGUCCGUAGCCUCAUUGACAAACGCGAUAUUUCAUAUCUUCUGAUGAGUAUUAAUAGGCAGCCGAACCUCUAUCAAGAAGCAUUUACUAAACCAUCACUCGAACAAUAACUAAGCAGUAUCCUGUCAACAAAUACUCAUCUUUCAACUUUUCAAUCUCCUUCUAUUUCAUUCAUAAUGGUCAAAACUAUUCCCUUCGGCGACAUCACAGUCCCAUCACCUGGCUUUGGAGCCAUGGGCAUGAGCUUCGGCCUAGGAUCCAACCUGAGCCUCGAGGAAGCCGAACCCGUUCUGCUCAAAGCCAUUGAGUUAGGUUGCACUUUCUGGGAUACAGCUGUGGUUUAUCAAGCUGGUGUCAACGAAAAGCUUCUUGGAGAUUUUAUCAGAAAACACAACGUCCGAGACAAGGUCUUUAUCGCUUCAAAGUGUGGUUUCGAUGUCUUUGGCAAGGGUGGUGUGACCAAUUCUGCUUCUCACAUCAAGGAGUAUAUCGAAGGAACCAUUGAAAGACUUGGCUUUGCCCCCGAUUUAUACUACUUGCAUCGAAUUGAUCCUAACACUCCGCUCGAGGAAUCCAUUCCUGCCCUGGACGAGAUUCGAAAGCAGGGGAAGACAAAGUAUAUUGGUUUGUCCGAAUGUUCUGCCAACACUCUGCGAAAGGCCAAUUCAAUUGCGAAGAUCGAUGCUGUCCAAGCUGAAUACUCGGCCUUUGAGACACUGCACGAGACUGAUGGUCUCAUUGAUACAGCUAAAGAGCUUGGCAUCGCAUACGUCGCCUACAGCCCCCUUGGUCACGGCUGGCUUGUCGAUGACUUCCCUUAUAAGAGUCCAGAUGAUUUCGCACCCGAUGACUUUCGACGAACAGUCCCCAAGUUUCAAGGCGAAAACUUCUACAAGAACAAGGCUAUAGUAGAGGAAAUUAAGAAACUCGCUCUUCGCAAGGGCUGCACUUUGACGCAAAUCGCGCUUGCUUGGGUUGCAGCCCAGGGAAUGAUUGCUAUUCCUGGUACGACUAAGGCGCACCGUUUGGAGGAAAACUGGGCUUCCAGGGAUGUUGAUUUGACUGAGGAAGAAAAGGUUGAGAUGCGAAGGAUUAUUGAUUCGGCUAAACCUCAGGGAAAUAGGUAUGCUCCUGCUCAGCAGGCUAUGGUUGGUCAUUAGAUGGUUCAUCAGUAGAGUAAAAUAUCUAGCAAAGGGUAAUUCAUUAUUCCUCAG